AUGGCCACCGUCAGCCCCCUCUUCCACGCUGGCCCAGCAGCAGCUUUCGACAUGACCGUCUCUGACCCACGGCCCGCUCCUGCGAGCCGCAAGCGCUCGCGGAGCAUGAUCUUCGAGGAAGAAAAGGAAUAUGAAGAGCAUUGGGGUGGCAGAACGGAUGGUAGGGCAAGCGACAGCCCGGACGAGAGCUCUGGUCUGGAGGACCUGAAGCGCACGCGGACGACAAGUGAUUUGGACGCGUUGGGCGUGGUACCUGCCAGCGAAUCGUGGCAGCUGCAGAGUGUUGCAACCGACCUACUCACCUCCGCAGAUGCCACCGUGCCCAACGCGUUGAAACACUACGUAGCUGGCCGCUCGCCGAUUGUGCUCUGCGUGCUCGAGCACGUAGACAUCCAUUACCAAUUGCUAUGCGCCGCCCUCCCCGCCCUCCAUGCCCGUUUCCCCACCGCCCAGCCCCUCCUGCUGACCCGCUCGCCCUCCUACGCCCUCCCGCACCUCUCCCCGACACCGCCGCCUUUCCCCAUACUCCCCGCCCAAGGCUACCCGCACAACCAUUACCUCAAGCUCGGUCUGCUGCACCCUCUCGGCGGCGGCCAGGCCGCCAUGGACGCGCUGGUCGUGCUCGACGCGCGCGGCCGCCGUAGGCUCGUGUUGCCGUUCGGAUGGGGGGCUGGGCGGCACGUCGGCGAGGCGGUCGGGGGUCGCGAGGUGCAGGAGAGGCUAAUGGCGAUCUUGGGCGAGGCGUUGCAGGAGUUGGAGUGCGAAUCGGGUUGA